AUGGACAACACGUACCAACGUGCUAUGCAACACCAGGAUCAUGACCUGCCUGCGAAAUUGAAGGCCAUCUCCGAAGCUGGAUUCGAGGCUAUCGAGCUCUCGAUGCCGGAUAUCUUGUCUUACGGCCAGAAACUUAGCGGCAAUGAAAUUGAUCCCAAGGACUACGGCAUGCUCAAGCAGAUCGGCAUGAACAUCCGAAGGCUCUGUGAGCAGCACCACCUUCACAUUCUCAUGUUGCAGCCAUUUGCCAAUUUUGAGGGAUGGCCCAAAGACUCCGAUGAGCGAAAAGAUGCCUUUGAGAGAGCCGAAGGUUGGUCGUUGGUUAUGGAGGCUGCUGGAACGGACAUGCUCCAGGUUGGGUCUUCGGAUGCACCUAACAUCGAAGGGGACCAUGAAUACCUCGCAGCAGACCUCGCAGAGCUUGCAGAUAUCCUGGCCAAGAAGAAUCAAUGCAUCGCCUAUGAGAACUGGUGUUGGGCUACCCACGCUCCGGACUGGAAGGAUGUCUGGGAUAUAGUCCGAAAAGCCAACCGACCUAACCUCGGCCUCUGUCUCGACACUUUCCAGUCUGCAGGUGGUGAAUGGGCCGACCCUACGACAGAAUCGGGCCUGGUCGAAAAGGAUGGCACUACAGCUGAUGUGGAGGAGCGAUGGAAGCAGAGUCUUCAAGACCUAGCUGCAACAGUCCCUGCGGACAAGAUCUUCCUGUUGCAAGUUUCGGAUGCGUACAAGAUGACUCCCCCCAUUGCCAACGAGAUCGACAAGGACGGACUGCGACCACGAGGUCAAUGGAGCCAUGACUAUCGACCGCUUCCUUACGAUGGCGGCUACCUUCCUGUGGAGGACUUUACGAGAGCGGUGUUGGGGACAGGCUUCAGAGGAUGGUUCUCGAUGGAGGUCUUUGACGGACAGGGACCGCAGAAGUACACAUCGAUGGAGCUAUACACGACGAAGGCCAUGGAAGCACUGAAUACUCUGGUCAACAAUUGCUGCAAGGACAAAUGA